AUGAUACUGGCAGCAUUCGGUCUGGGGGCAGCCGCCUCUCCAGCUACGCCCGCGGCCCAGGGCAUCACCACUUUGAGCGACGCGGACAUUGCGGCCUUCCUGCCCUACACGCACUUCGCAGCGGUCGGCUACUGCCGUCCGUCUGCAACCUUGACAUGGAGCUGCGGCGCCAACUGCGAGGCGAACCCGUCUUUCGUCCCCAUCGCGGCCGGAGGGGACGGUGACACGACGCAGUUCUGGUAUGUCGGGUUCAACCCUCCGUCGGGCGAAAUAAUUGUCUCCCACCAAGGGACCAACUUCUCUGAAAUUGACCCUGUCCUCACCGACGUCGACAUCAUUCUUGAGAGUGUAUCCAGCGCUCUCUUCCCCGGCGCCCCUGCAGGCAUCCAGACACACAUGGGCUUCACCGCGUCUCAGCAGAAGACCGCGGCGGAUAUCCUGCAAGCCGUACAGACAGGGCUCUCCAAGUUCGGCCCGAAGAAGGUCACCGUUGCAGCGCACUCGCUCGGCGCGGCGGUCGGCAUCCUCGAUGCAAUGUUCUUACACCUGCAAGUCCCGUCGGACGUGGCUGUGCGAUUCGUCGGAUACGCGCUUCCGCGCGUCGGGAACCAGGCGUUCGCGAACUUCGUCGACGGCUCGGGGGUGCAAGUGCAACACAUCAACAACAUGGAGGACCUCGUGCCCAUACUGCCUGGCCGCUUCCUGGGGUAUCACCACCCGUCGGGCGAAAUCCACAUCCAGGAUUCUGGCACCUGGGUGUCUUGUCCAGGUCAAGACAACCCAAGCACUCAGUGCAGCACAGGCGACGUGCCCACCAUCUUCCAGGGCAACCCGGACAACCACAACGGCCCAUAUCAGGGCAUUGAGAUGGGCGAGUGUCAGUAG